GUCCAUUUAAUGAAAAUGUUUAAAUCUCUGAAGCUCUUCACUACCAUCACCAUUGUCGUGUCAUUGGCUUUUGUAGCAAAAGCAGAUUACAACGAUCCAUCAUACACAUGCGAUAUAGCUUGGUCCGGACCGGAUAAGGUGUGCCAGACCCCAGCACAGGUCUGGACUUGUACCAUCUGUUCGGCACCUCAGCUCAUAGCCAGUCCGGACAAUUUAGAUUUGCAUUCUUACAAAAUAGAUCCCAAUAAUAGAAGCAAAAUGAAAGUAUUUCCAUACAAAUCUUACAAUGACCCGGUGAAAGGACCGACUACUACAGAUCUAAAGGCUCGAUCAGUGGACCCAGCCUACGUGAUCUUCGCGACUUGCGACGUCAAGUACUGCAAAUGA